AUGUACAAAAAUGGAGAGUUGUACAAUGAUGAGGAGUUUGGCAAAAUUGUCAUCAAACCAUGGCAAUUAUUAACAAAUAAACAACAUUUGAGAGAUGUUGUGAGGGAUUACUGCAUACAAAGUGGGUUUUUAGUAGUUGUGCUCAAGGCAUCUAAUUUGAGGUGGACAGUUAAAUGUUCUGCAAGUAACUGUGAGUGGAGGCUGCAUGCAUCUAGGCUUCCUAAUGGUGUCACAUGGGAAAUCAAGUCCAUACAGAACAUGGAGCACACUUGUUCUGGUUUAGAGGUGAAGAAUCCUAUGGUGUCUACCAAGUGGGCUACAAGAGUGUUGUUGGAAGAUAUCAGAGCCAACAAUGAUAUCCCUGCCAAAUCAUUGAAUCAGUUACUCUGGCAAAGAUAUGGAGUACAAAUGUCUGCAAGUACUCUAUACAGGAUGAGGUCAAAGGCUCUAAGGGAUUCUAAUGGGGGUCAUGACAUCUUAUAUGCCCAGCUUCCUGACUAUUGUGAAAUGGUGAGAUCAACAAACCUAGGUUCUUCUGCAUUCUAUGCUUGGACACCUCAAGAUCAUAUUGACAUGAUUCCACAGUUCCUAAGUAUCUUCAUAUCAUUCAAAGGUUGUAUAGAUGGGUUGCUAGCUGGCUAUAGGAGCUUCAUAGGUGUGGAUGGGGCUCACUUAAAGGGGAAUUAUGGUGGUGUCCUAUUAUCUACAGUAGCAUUGGAUGCAAACAAUGAGCUAUUCCCCUUUGCUUGGGCAAUUGUAUCAGUUGAGGACACAGAUAAUUGGAACCUCUUUGUGUGGCAUUUGAAGAACUUUCUCAAAGACAGUGGGAGAGGUGAUGAGUGGUGCAUUAUCUCAGACAGACAGAAGGGUAUUGAUGCUGCAUUAACUGAAUUAUGGCCAAAGGCUUGA